AUUCACUUGUCAUCAACAUGGAGAAUGUACACAAACGCUGACUAAUUGAGAACUUCGUUGUCAUCGGUACCGGUGUUUUCUAUCUUUCGUUCACAUUACUCGCCUGAUUGUGUCUUGACUGUUACAGCAGAAGAAACACACACUGUACAACUCAACACUAUAAUGGCGCGUCGUUAUGAUUCAAAAACUACAAUCUUCUCUCCUGAAGGGAGAUUGUACCAAGUUGAGUAUGCUAUGGAAGCCAUUGGCCACGCUGGUACCUGCUUAGGGAUUCUGGCAAAUGAUGGCAUUGUUUUAGCUGCUGAGCGAAGAAACACCAACAAACUUCUUGAUGAUGUUUUCUUAUCUGACAAGAUAUAUAAAAUUGAUGAUGAUAUGGCAUGCUGUGUAGCUGGCAUCACAUCAGAUGCCAAUGUACUUACCAAUGAAUUACGUGCCAUUGCUCAGCGUCAUACAUUACAGUUUGGUGAGCCAAUACCAUGUGAGCAACUGGUCAUGAGAUUAUGUGAUAUCAAACAAGCCUACACACAGUACGGAGGUAAGAGACCAUUUGGUGUAUCCAUUCUGUACAUGGGCUGGGAUCUUCGCCAUGGAUACCAGCUUUACCAGAGUGAUCCUUCUGGAAAUUACUCUGGAUGGAAGGCCACAUGUAUUGGAAACAGUAGUGCCGCAGCUGUGUCUAUCUUGAAACAAGAGUAUAAGGAAGGUGAAACUGACUUGCACAGUGCAUUAUUGCUUGCACUUAAGGUCUUGAGCAAAACACUUGAUAUGAACAAGUUGAAUGCUGAGAAGUUAGAAUUGGCCACACUAAUCAGGAAGGACAGCAAAACCGAGGUGGUUGUUCUAGGUGUUGAAGAGGUUACAAAGUUAAUAGGAGAGCAUGAUAAAAUGGAAGCAGAGGCUGAAGCAGCUAAACAAGAAAAAGCAUCUGGUUCAGGGAAGUCAUCAGACAAGUAGGAUAAAAAUAUAUAAUGGGGUUCAACCAAAUGUUGUUUUCAAGUUGGUGUGGUAAGGAUGUGAAUUACAGUAUAGCACUUUUGCAAAGCUUAUAAAUUAAAAUUUAAUUACC